AUGUUGUCAUCGUCAUAUACACCAUCAUAUUAUCGAUGGAUAAUUUUAUUUGGAUUUUCACUUCUUACAUUUUCAUCAGCUAGCCUUUGGAUAACAUUUGCACCAUGUUUAUAUAUCUUUAUGAAAUAUUAUUCAAUAACUGCAACACAUGUAAAUAUACUUUCAACCGUUUAUAUGAUCAUCUAUCCGAUGAUCUUAUUUCCGUCAAUCAAAUUUUUUGAUAAAUAUGGAAUAAGGAAUGGAAUAAUCUUUGGAGCAUUUUUAAAUACAUUAGGAUCAUUAAUUAGAUUUUUGGGAUCAUUAAGUCAAACGAUGUCAGGAUAUUGGAUGAUUUUUAUAGGACAAAGUAUAGCAGCGAUAGCUCAAGUAUUUAUGUUAGGGAUUCCACCGAAAUUGGCGAAUAUUUGGUUUAAUGAAUUUGGGGAACAAAAUUUUGCUACAUCAAUUGGAGUUACAGCCAAUAAUGCCGGAAUUGCAGUUGGUUUUUUAUUAUCACCAUGGUUGAUAAAAGAGGAAACAUUUAAAUAUGAUAUACCAAAAUAUCUUUUAUUACAAUUUGGAUUUUGUUCAUUGAUUUAUUUAUUUUUGGUAUUUACAUUUAAAUCAGCUCCUGGAUCAUUUCAUAAACCAUUUUUAUUACUUUCAAUUUCGUAUGGAAUGGUUACAGGUGGUCAAUAUGCAUUGAGUACUUUAUUGGCUCAACUUAUUUUACCUUCAACAGUGGGAUUUCUAGGAUUUAUGCUAGUAAUAUCGGGAAUGAUUGGAUCAUUAAUAGUUGGAGCAUAUUUAGAUUACACUUUAGCUUAUAAGAAGUCAUGUCAUGAAGUUGUUGAUGAAAUUACUUCAACAGGAAUUUUAAAUUCAUUUGCUCAAAUUUGGGGAAUUUUAUUAAUUUCUUUAAUGGAUUCGAUGGAAAAUUUAAAUAAUAAUACUAAAUUCCCUAUGGAAUUAUCAACUUGGUUUUUAUUCGUAAUUGUUUUUGGUGGUGAAAGUGAUAUUGAUUUUAUUGAAGAAAUUCUAGUUGAUUGA